AUGACGACAAGCAACCCCGAUGCCGGCGGCGUAAAAGAAGGCGUAGCGAUGAUACCGGAAACAGCGUCCGAACCAGGCUUUGCUAUGGGUUCAACAACGACCGACCAACAACAAUGGACCCCCACCGUGAGCGCUUCCAUCAGGCCGACGCCGGGGCGUGUAUUUAAAACACUCAACGAAGGUAUCAACUGCUAUAUCAACUACGCUCGAAUAUACGAGUUUGAUGUCCGCCAGAGUUCCGUGAAGCGCGACCGAGACGGAGAAAUCUACUCAGGCUAUUUGGUGUGUAGUCGGCAAGGGGUGAAAGGUGGUGGUAAUAAACCUCACGGUUAUGAGCGGGUACUAGGUGGGAGAGAGAAGCGGGAGCGGCGCUGCCGUCUUUCUAAUAGAGUUAAUUGCGGAGCCAGGAUUGGCUUUACGAAAAAAAGCUCCGGCGAGUUCGAAGUGUCCGUUUUGGUUGAGGAACACACCCACAAGCUAUGCUCGGAGCCAUCCAAAGUUUUUAUGCGAAUUAACCGACGACUCGGUGUGGUCCAACAAGCUUUUUUAAGUAAUUGUGUUAAGGCUAACAUCGGUGCUUCAACAGGAUUGCGGUUCUGCAAAGAGAAGACCGGAUCGUAUGCAAAUAUCGGUGCAACCGACGUUGAAUUCCACAAUUUUAAACGAGACGUCCAAACAUACAUCAAUGUAGCUGAUGGCGAGAUGAUUAUUGCAACAUUCAAGGCAAAGCACGAAGCUUGUAGUGACUUCUUCUUUGAAUACGAUCUGGAUGAAGAGCACCGGGUAUCACGACUAUUCUGGACUGACCCCCUCAGUAGGCGGAAAUUUUCUUGCUAUGGUGACAACAUUUCUUUCGAUGCAACCUAUGGCACGAACAGGUACAGCAUGGUGUUUGUGCCGUUCACUGGUGUGGACAACCACAAACGAUGCAUCACUUUCGGGGCCGGUCUAUUGAUUAAAGAAGAUGCUGACUCAUACAGCUGGUUGUUGGAGCAAUUUAUAUGUGCAAUGGGCAAGAGGCCAGUGUGCGUUGUGACCGACCAAGACCCCGCUAUGCGAAUUGCUAUCGAACGAGUAUUACCAGAAUGCCAUCAUCGCUACUGUAUGUGGCACAUCAUGACAAACGUUAAUGAAAAGCUCGUCAGUGAGUUAGCUAAGGACAAUGAGUUCCGCAAGAAACUAAAUGCUAUCAUUUGGAACGAUACAAUCGACCGUGUGGAGUUUGAGGCCCAAUGGCAACUACUAAUGGAUGAAUACAAUCUAUCCACCUACCGAUGGUUUUGCAAAAUGUAUGCGGAACGGGAAAGUUAG